CCCCACCCUUCACAUUUUAAUAGAAUAAUGGUACUUUUAUUGCGUACUUUUGUUAAGACACCACGUCAAGCAUGGACAAUGCGUCGUUUUUAUUCAUCCGAUAUUACGGCCAGUGCCAUGGUUUAUAGCGAAUAUGGCCAACCUUCUCAAGUGUUAAAGUGGCACUCUUAUCGUCUUCCAGCCUUGACAUCGAAUACAGUGCACGUCAAAUUUCUUGCGUCUCCUAUAAACCCAGCUGACGUCAAUAUGAUCCAGGGAGCAUAUCCUAUUAAACCCACGUAUCAAAAAUUGGACGCACAAGAUGAUAAAUUAUUAGCCGUAGGGGGUAAUGAAGGGUUAGCAGAAGUUAUUGCUGUGGGUGAUCAUGUAAAUGAACUUAAAAUCGGAGAUCAUGUUGUGAUGGCCAAGACUGGUUAUGGAACUUGGAGAACUCAUGCAGCCGGUCCAGCUUCGGAUUUCCAAUUAUUACCUAGCGCUGAUAAUGUAUCCAUGAUUCAAAAAGCAACCAUCACAGUCAAUCCUUGUACUGCAUACAGAAUGUUGAAAGAUUUUGUUAAUUUAAAGCAAGGUGACUAUGUGAUUCAAAAUGGCGGAAACAGUGCUGUUGGUCAAGCUGUCAUCCAGAUUGCAAAAGCAUGGGGAUUAAAGACAAUUAAUGUAGUGCGAAACAGACCAGAUAUCGAUGUCUUGAGAAAAGAACUCUUAGAUCUUGGGGCUACUCAUGUUAUUACAGAUGAAGAACUCAGCAGUCAUGAAACUAGAGCAUUGAUCAAGAGUUGGGUUGGCAAGGAAAAACCUCUUUUGGGAUUGAACUGUGUGGGAGGAAAGAGUGCAACUGAAAUGGCCAGAUAUCUUGGUGAGAAUGGCAAGUUCAUUACUUAUGGAGCCAUGAGUAGAAAGCCUCUUUCUUUACCCGCUUCCUUAUUAAUCUUCAAGAACAUGUCAUUUCACGGAUUUUGGGUUUCCAAAUGGGCCGAUGUUCACCCUCAAGAAGAGAAAUAUCAAAUGUUGCAAGACGUAACUGAUUUGAUGAGCCAAGGUAAACUUGCCGAACCAAAGUGGACACAAGUUAAAUGGGACGAGGAAACCAUGAAACAGUCUGUUGAUCAGGGAAUUUCAGGAUUCGCCACUGGUAAGCAGGUGGUUUUGUUUUAAUGGAUCCAAUCCUAAUUUGUACAACACAUUUUUUUUAUUUUUAUAAAUAAACAAUUUUUUUUUAUUUUUAUUUUA